AUGGCAGACACGUCCUACAAACCCGAACUAGGCGAAGAAGAAACUCAAUGGGAGACUUUGUUCAGAGAGACUUUCAUAAGAGAUGAAGAGACAAAUGUGGCUCUUGAUACUUUAAUCGAUCGAUGUGGAAAAGAACCAAAGGGACGAAAGAAGCCAGCUAACUGGACACAAGCUGAAAUCAAUCUCCUUUACGAGCUUUUCUUUCCCCAUUUCGAGGAUUGGCGGGCGAUAGAUCUGAAAAGCGCAAAUUUAAACGAUCCGCCAAAAACAACUGUUCAAAUUGAUGACAAAAUUAAAAAUGAUUUCAAGAAAAUCCGUGAAAAGAUCAUUAGCGAGGAAAACGGAAAACGAACCUAUCCGCUGCCUGCACCAUUGGAUCUUUUCGAGGAAUUGGUGAGGACUGAUCCGACGAAAAUGGAUUGGAUUAAAGUCCGAUAUCUCGAUAAGCGAAUAGGCAAUGAUCCAGGCUCGAGCUCGGGCUGUAUUUCGCUUGACGAUGACAGUCUUGAAGAAUCAUCGCAGACUUCGAAAGCCAUGGAUCCUCCAGUUGUGCAAACCGUAAAGUUCAGGAAUGACGAUGAUGAGAAGGACAUUGUUUAUAUUGAAGAAAUUCUAAACAGCAGAGGAGCGCCAUCUGUGAAUGAAAGACGCUCAUUUGAGACUACAAACGCUGCUUCUUUUGCGAGCACUAAUGCCAGCUCUAGCAACUCGUUUCGGUCAACAAUACCAGCAUCGUUGGCGAAUUUUCAAAGAAACCUCGAUGAGACUAUUGAAAAGAAUCAGAGCCUCAGCUCAAAGCAGGUUGAAAAUGAAGACAUUGAGAAAGCAUUUCAACUUCAACGUCUUGCCAACGAAAAGCAAUCCUCCCAGCUCAUUGAAAGAGAGAAAAUGCUGCUCAGCCUGAAAGAGGAGGUGAUGCACGCAAAGCUUGAAGCUGCUCGCGCCAAAAGAAGAUAUUACGAAAGAAAGACGCAACUCACUUGCUCAUCCAUGAACCCGAAUGACAUU